AAAGAUGAACCGUGCGAGUUCAUUUAAAAAAGAACAGAUCUUUAGGUACAAGAGGACGAAGAUUUUGUGAACGGAGAAACGCCGAAUUGAUUGAUACGUCACGCUGUUGCCAGUUCUAACCUCGCUUAUCUAACCUCAUCUUGCGAUAGUAGCGCUAGAGUGGCUGGGAUAUAUCUUCAUUUUUUAAAGGUUAUAAUCUUUGCGCAUUUAUAACAGAGGAAAUAUUUGUUUUCUUAAUAAUUAUCACAGGAAGACAACGAGGGUGACAUCCGAGUUACGUAACAGGGCUACGCAAAUUCUGGUUACUCGUCGACGGAUAACGCGCGAGAGAGACAUUGACGUUGCGGACGGAGAAUGCCGGGGAUCAAAGAUGUGACAGCGUAUAUCAAAUUAGCUCCACGUUUACGUGGAUGAGGAUGCGCUAGAGCUUUUUCCCCUCGAGAAUGGAGGCAUUUCUGGCAACGAUGUUGUGUCGCAGAAAGGAAUCAACAUAGUGCCAGAGCGUCAGGUGCGCGAGAAAUUCGAUGGAUUUUAGGCUUCUAUGUUUUACACUCUGAUUUAUACGUCUGACGUUGGGACAAUGUCGAAUACAUUGAUGCAGCAAUUUGUCCAGCGACUCAAGUCGAAAAAUGAGGAGGCACGUAACAAGGCGGCACGUGAUUUGUGCCUCUAUGUCAAGAGAGAACUACGGGAGGCGUCGCAGGAGGAAAUUACUGCUUUCAUGGACGAAUUCAAUCAUCACAUAUUUGAAAUGGUAUCCGCCUCCGACAUCAACGAGAAGAAGGGUGGUAUUUUAGCAAUAGUUUGCCUUAUAGGGGCGGACGUGGGUAAUUUUAAUACGCGGACGGUACGAUUUGCUAACUAUCUUAGAAACCUGAUACCCUCCAAUGACGUGGGCGUCAUGCAACUGGCCGCAAAGACUGUCGGCAAGUUGGCACUGGUCUCUGGUACUUAUACAGCCGAAUACGUCGAGUUCGAGGUGAAACGUGCCUUUGAGUGGCUCGCCACAGACAGACACGAUGGCAGGAGACACGCCGCCGUGCUCGUGCUGAGAGAACUCGCUGUCUCUGUGCCGACGUACUUUUUCCAACAAGUCACGCCAUUUUUCGAAUUGAUAUUCAACGCUAUACACGAUCCCAAGCCCGCGAUACGGGAGGGCGCGGUGGAAGCUCUGAGAGCAGCUCUGGUAGUCACCGCUCAAAGAGAGACUGUGAAGCAGAUGCACAAGUCUCAGUGGUACAAACACUGCUACGAAGAGGUAAUAGAGGGAUUCGAGGACAUCAACACAAGGGAGAAGGGCAUUUACAGGGACGACAGGAUACACGGCUCGCUGUUGGUGUUGAACGAACUGUUGAGAUGCAGUAACGUACAAUGGGAGAGAAACUACGAGGCUCUGAUGGAAAGACUGAACGGUUCUACACAAAACGAAAAUGACAUACUCUGCUUGAUGCCGCGACUAAAAACAACAAUAGGCUCCAAGUGGGCUGGAUCCACGCAGAAUCACGCCACCGCGGCCCAGCACACGUUGUAUCCGGCGCACGAGUCAACCGUCUGCAGAUGCCUGAUGCAGGAGAGAUUGGAUGAUAUCUACAACGACGUGAUGAAUCAAAAAAUGUCUAGGAAUCCGCAUAUUCAGCACGCCCUCAUGAUGUUGUUGCCGAGGCUUGCUGCAUUUAAUAAGGAGAAGUUCAUAAGGGACCAUCUAAAGGAAUCUUUAGCAUACCUUUUGCUGAUCCUACGCAGUCGCGAGAAGGACCGUUACGCCGCCUUCACAUCAAUCGGCUUCAUAGCCGUGGCGGUGGAGGACGCGAUAAAUCCGUACCUGCCGAAAAUCAUGGAAGUGAUCAAGACCUUGCUACCAUCCAAGGAAACCCCUAGCAAAAAACGUACCCUUCUGGAGCCCGCGGUGUUCGUUUGCAUCACCCUGCUCAGCCACGCGGUGAAACAGGUCAUAGCUUCUGAUGUCAGGGACCUGUUGGAGCCUAUGUUCCAAACCGGAUUAAGCCCGAUCUUGACCACGGCGCUUAGAGAACUGGCACACAGUAUUCCGUCCUUGCAGGCGGAUAUAUCUCAAGGUCUUUUGCGAAUGCUGUCGCAAGUUCUAAUGCAAAAGCCACUGAGACAUCCCGGCGCGCCGUGGACGGUGACCAGUCCUAACUCCGCGACGGAUGACGUCUCGUCAACGGUGCUCGCAUUGAAAACGUUAGGUACCUUCAACUUCGACAAUAAUCCGUUGUUACAGUUCGUGAAGAGGUGCGCGGACCACUUUUUAACGUCGGAACAAGCGGAAGUUCGCCUAGAAGCCGUGAAGACGUGCUCUAGAUUGUUGAGAUUAACGUUGAAUCAGUCCGGUCCCACGGUGACCACCACCGUCUCGACUGUUCUGGGUAAAUUACUGGUAGUGGGAAUAACUGAUACCGAUCCUGACGUUCGUCUGUGGGUACUGGCAUCGUUGGACGAUUCCUUCGACGUCCAGUUAGCGCAAGCGGAGAAUUUGUCCGCGCUGUUUAUCGCCAUGAACGACGAGAUGUUUGAAAUAAGGGAAUUAGCGGUCCGUACUGUUGGACGACUCAGCACCUUGAAUCCUGCCUACGUCAUGCCGUCGUUGAGAAAGACUCUAGUGCAAUUUUUGACGGAAUUGGAACAUUCAGGAAUGGGCCGUAACAAGGAACAAGCCGCUCGAAUGUUGGAUCACCUAGUCGUGACCGCGCCGAGACUUGUACGACCUUAUAUGGAGCCAAUCCUGAAAGUUCUCGUCCCAAAGUUGAAGGAAUCGGAUCCAAAUCCCGGCGUAGUGCUCGCCGUUCUGCGUGCGAUUGGUGAUUUGGCGGAGGUCAACGGCGCUGAGAUGCAACAGUGGAUGUCCGAACUCUCGUCGAUAUUGUUGGAAAUGCUGGUGGACGCCAGUUCGCCCGAGAAAAGAGGAGUAGCGCUAUGGGUGUUUGGUCAAUUGGUCGGUAGCACAGGCCACGUGGUAAAACCGUACCUACAGUAUCCGUCUCUGCUGGACGUUCUCAUCAAUUUCCUCAAAACCGAGCAGCAGCCGAUCAUCAGGAGAGAAGCUAUUAGAGUGCUUGGACAAUUAGGUGCGUUGGACCCUUAUAAACACAAGAUGAAUCUUGGACAAAUUGACAGCCAGUUGGACACGCUUACCUCCAUGGCAGAUACCAAGUGCGACGUGGAAAACACUCAGGAUUUGACGACCAGUGAGAUGCUAGUGAACAUGUCGCCGUCGACGUUGGAAGAAUUUUAUCCGGCGAUUGCCAUUACGACGCUCAUGCGAAUUAUUCGCGAGCCAACUUUAUCUCAGCAUCACACCAUGGUGGUGCAAGCAGUAACCUUCAUAUUUAAAAGUCUUGGGAUAAAGUGCGUGCCAUACAUCUCUCAGGUUAUGCCCAGCUUUCUGAACGUCGUACACACGGCGGACAUGAAUUUCCGGGAGUUCCUGUUCCAACAGCUGGCCGUUCUCAUCGCUAUUGUGAAACAACACAUCCGCAAUUAUUUGGAUGACAUAUUUGCCUUGAUCAAAGAGUUCUGGACGGUAAAUAGUCCGUUGCAGAGCACGUUGAUCCUUUUAGUCGAGCAGAUCGCAAUGGCUCUAGGCGCAGAAUUCAAGAUCUAUCUGCCACAACUGAUGCCGCCGAUACUCAGAGUACUGACUCACGAUAGCAGCAAGGAUCGCGCGGUAACAGUAAAAUUGCUUCUGGCACUACAGACAUUCGGAAACAAUCUGGACAAUUAUCUGCACCUCGUACUUCCGCCAAUCGUUAAAUUAUUCUACGCGAAUGAUUGCCCGAUAGCCGUGAAUAAGGUUGCUCUCGAGACGGUCGAUCUCCUCGCGGAUACGCUGGACUUUACGGAUUUCGCAUCACGAAUCGUUCAUACUUUGGUACGUACGUUGGACCAGUGUCCGGAGUUAAGAAGCACGGCUAUGGACACGCUUUGCGCUGUCGUGAUGCAGCUGGGCAAAAAGUAUCAGAUUUUUAUCGUGUUAGUUCAGAAAGUUAUGACGAAACACAAGAUAGUCAAUUCACGAUACGACGUUCUGGUGGACAAAAUACUUACAGACUCUUCCGCGGCUGACGGCGAGGAUUUCUUGUUGAUGAGAAUGCGACACUCGCGCAACAAGAAUCGCGAGCUCUCCUUAACACCCUCAGAAACGACUACGAUCAAGAAACUAAAUGUGUCGGCCUCAAACUUACAAAAAGCGUGGACGGCGACGCGACGAGUGUCCAAGGACGAUUGGCUCGAAUGGUUGCGGUGCUUCUCCAUCGGUUUGCUCAAGGAAUCUCCAUCCCCGGCUCUGAGAUCCUGUUGGGCGCUGGCGCAAACUUAUGCUGUGUUACCGCGCGACCUAUUCAAUGCGGCUUUCGUCUCGUGUUGGACCGAGCUCAGUGAUACCUAUCGGGCGGAACUGAUACAGACUCUGCAUCAAGCAUUGAUGGUCCCCGAUCUGCCCACCGAGGUGACGCAAACCAUUUUAAACUUGGCCGAAUUCAUGGAGCACUGUGACAAAGGUCCCCUGCCGUUGGACAAUAAGACUCUCGGAGAUACAGCGAUGCGUUGUCGUGCGUAUGCUAAAGCGUUGCAUUAUAAGGAAGACGAGUUUCACAAGAGCAGAAACAGCAGCGUCUUCGAGUCUCUGAUUUCUAUUAAUAACAAACUUCAACAGAAAGAGGCAGCUGAGGGCUUGCUAGAGUACGUGAUGAACCACAAUCAGCAAGAUCUCAAGGUCCAGAUACGCUGGUACGAGAAGCUUCACAACUGGGAUAAGGCGUUGCAGCUAUAUCAAGAACGUCUGGAGAGCGAUUCCAUGGAUGUGGAGUCUACAUUGGGUGAGAUGCGUUGUUUGGAGGCACUUGGAGAGUGGGGCCAAUUGCACGAAGUCGCUACGAAACAAUGGUUGGAUCAAACAGACGAUACGAAGCAAAGGAUGUCAAGAAUGGCGGCAGCUGCGGCAUGGGGUUUGGGUCAAUGGGAAAGUAUGCAAAAGUACGUUUUGUUAAUUCCGAAGGACAGCCAAGACGGCGCGUUUUACAGAGCGGUAUUGGCGAUUCACGAUGAACAGUACAACGUCGCGCAUCAAUUCAUCGAUAGCGCUAGGGAUCUAUUGGACACCGAGUUGACUGCCAUGGCUGGCGAGAGCUAUCAGCGGGCGUACAAUGCUAUGGUAGAGGUGCAGAAGUUAGCAGAGUUGGAGGAAGUGAUCCAGUUUAAAUUGGUACCUGAACGUAGAGCAGCUAUUAAGGCCAUGUGGUGGGAGAGGCUUCAGGGUGGACAGAAGAUUGUGGAAGACUGGCAGAGGAUCAUACAGGUACACACGCUGGUGGUCUCGCCACAGGAUGAUAUGUACACGUGGCUUAAAUACGCUAGUCUCUGCCGGAAGAGCGGUAGUUUGAUGCUAUGUCAUAAGACGCUGGUGAUGUUAAUGGGUACAGAUCCAUCUUUAACUCCAGACCAGCCACUGCCAACUACUCAUCCCCAAGUGACCUUUGCUUACUGCAAGCAUUUGUGGAUGGCGAACAAACGCGAGGAGGCUUACAAUCAGCUGCAACGAUUCGUGCAAACCUACUUGCAACCGGCGACCACAGUGAUAAUGAAUCAGGAAGAUGGGAACCAGCACGAAAGCAAAAAAAGAUUACUCGCCAGAUGUUACCUCAAGCUUGGCGAGUGGCUGGAGUCCCUGCAGGGUAUAAACGAGCAUUCGAUUCCCGCGGUAUUGACCUACUAUGCCGCAGCGACGGAGCACGAUCCCACAUGGUACAAAGCUUGGCAUGCCUUCGCUUACACAAAUUACGAGACAGUUUUAUUUUACAAGCAUCAGCAAGGUAGCGACUCCGCGCUCGUGGAAGCUCCGUGUGGCAAUGGAGCGCGCAGUAAUAUUUCCAGCUCACAAUAUAUAUCUCAAUUUACUGUCCCAGCUGUAGAGGGAUUUUUCAGAUCCAUUAACCUAUCAGACGGUAACUCCCUGCAAGACACUCUCCGGCUUCUCACACUCUGGUUCGAUUACGGCCAAUGGCCAGAGGUAUAUGACGCUGUCGUCGAGGGUAUAAGAUUAAUAGAAAUAAAUACUUGGCUGCAAGUAAUUCCGCAACUCAUAGCCAGAAUUGACACCCCGAGAGCACUGGUCGGCCGAUGCAUACAUCAUCUUCUUAUAGAUAUAGGAAAGACGCAUCCUCAAGCUUUGGUUUAUCCAUUGACAGUGGCUUCAAAGAGCGCUAGUCACGCGAGGAAGACAGCAGCUAACAAGAUCCUGAAGAGCAUGUGCGAGCAUAGUCCAACACUGGUCCAACAGGCCGUGAUGGCAAGCGAUGAGCUCAUCAGGGUCGCAAUCUUGUGGCAUGAAUUGUGGCAUGAGGGUUUGGAAGAGGCCAGUAGAUUGUACUUCGGAGAAAGAAACGUUAGAGGCAUGUUUGAUACGCUGGAGCCUUUACACGCCAUGCUCGAAAGAGGGCCGCAAACUUUAAAAGAAACGUCGUUCAAUCAAGCUUAUGGAAGAGAUUUAAUGGAAGCGCAGGAAUGGUGUCACAGAUAUAAAACAUCUCGGAACGUGAGAGAUUUAAAUCAAGCUUGGGAUUUAUAUUAUCACGUGUUCCGAAGAAUAUCUCGACAACUGCCGCAAUUGACCAGUUUGGAACUGCAAUACGUUAGCCCGAAAUUGCUCAUGUGUAGAGAUUUGGAAUUGGCUGUGCCGGGAAGCUAUAGUCCUGGCCAGCCUAUCGUGCGAAUAGCAAGUAUUCAUAGCUCUAUGCAGGUGAUAACCAGCAAACAGAGACCAAGGAAGUUAUGCAUCAAAGGUAGCAACGGUAAGGAUUACAUGUUCCUAUUGAAAGGUCACGAGGAUCUAAGACAAGAUGAAAGGGUAAUGCAGUUAUUUGGUUUGGUGAACACUCUCUUGUUACACGACCCGGAUACCUUCCGAAGAAAUCUUACUAUCCAAAGAUACGCUGUGAUUCCAUUAUCUACAAACAGUGGUCUCAUUGGUUGGGUACCGCAUUGUGAUACGCUUCAUACGCUUAUUAGAGACUACAGAGAAAAGAAAAAGAUAUUAUUAAAUAUCGAGCACAGGAUAAUGUUACGAAUGGCACCUGACUACGAUCAUCUCAUGUUGAUGCAAAAAGUCGAGGUAUUCGAGCACGCGCUCGAGCAUACCCAUGGCGACGACCUGGCGCGACUUCUGUGGCUUAAAUCGCCAUCGAGCGAAGUAUGGUUUGAUCGCAGAACUAAUUAUACGCGUUCUCUGGCUGUGAUGUCUAUGGUGGGAUAUAUACUUGGUCUUGGCGAUCGUCAUCCGUCUAAUUUGAUGCUAGAUCGUCUCAGCGGUAAGAUAUUGCACAUCGACUUCGGAGAUUGCUUCGAGGUGGCAAUGACGCGCGAGAAGUUCCCGGAGAAGAUACCGUUCCGUCUUACGCGGAUGUUAAUCAACGCAAUGGAGGUGACCGGAAUCGAAGGAACGUAUAGAAGAACUUGCGAGUCUGUAAUGUCCGUGCUGCAUCGAAACAAGGACAGUCUAAUGGCGGUUCUAGAGGCGUUCGUUUACGACCCUCUCCUCAAUUGGAGAUUGAUGGAUAAUGCGGUGCCCAAAGCCAAACGAUCGGAUGCUCAGGGCAUGAGCGCUAGCAGCAGCCAGGAACAUGGCGAUAUGCUCGAUUCUCUUACCGCUACGUUACCAAAGAAGGGUGUGCCGUGUAGCAUCGAAAAUGGAGCUGAUAAUAAUCAACCUGAAGCACUGAACAAGAAAGCCUUAGCAAUCAUAACGAGAGUCCGAGACAAAUUAACGGGACGUGACUUUUCGCAUGAGGAAACUCUCAGCGUCCGGCAACAAGUCGAUUUAUUGAUCCAACAGGCUACAAAUAACGAAAAUCUUUGCCAAUGUUACAUUGGAUGGUGUCCGUUUUGGUAAACGAGAGACAAGACUUUCCAUCAAGAAUGAAGUCUCGUAAGUGUGCAAUCGCCUGCUUUUGCAUUUAUAGCUUUACGAAAUUAUUAUGUUUACGAUUUUAUAAUAAUCUCGUAUUAUAUAUAUAUAUAUAUAUAAUCUGUUAUUGUAUUAUUUGUAUGAAGUAACAGUAUCAUCGCAAACAAAAUAUAUGCUGGCGUAUUGCGUGUUA